CCACCAUCAUCAUCUGAAAUAAUGUCAUUAAAAGAAUUUGAUAGUGUAUUGCGGGAGACAGUUGUACACAGGUCAACGCUAUCAAAUACCAGAGUAGAGAGAAUAACUUAUAUAUGCUCAAAGAAUUUGGCAAUGGGCUCACAACAUAUGGCCUCUUCCAUUCUCGAAGCGCAUAAGGAGAGGAAAGCUAAGAAAGUUUCCAGUUUAUACACACUUCACGCGCUCGUACAGCAGGGACAUAGAGCUAUAAGGAAAGGCAGUCGUGAAUCAGAUGAUUGGAAAACGUUUUUGAGCGCUAUAGAAUCAAUUUUGGGUGAUUUCUUUGAUGAAUCUAUCAAAAGACUCGAUAGAGAGCUUAAGGAAAAGUCACUUAAAAUACUAAAAAUGUGGUCGCAAAUGGGCAUCUUUAAUAAACCUUUAUUGGAAAUACUUAUGGAGAAGAUUAACAAUAAUAAAAAUAUUUUAGAAAAAGAUACGGAGACAUCUAGGAGGUCUAGAAGUGAAAAACAAGAAGAAAGUACACCAACUGAUAGUAAAGGUGGAUUACCACCUAAUAUUUUAGCAUUCUUGUCAAAUAUACCAACAUCAGAGUCAAACACUCCUUCAGUUAGCUCGAAUUUGAAAAGAGAGAGAUCUUACGAUGACAGGGAUAGAGCUAGAGAUCCUAGAGAUAAAUACAGAGAUAGGGAGAGGUCAACUGAUGAUUACGAAUCAAACAAACGUACUAGAAUAGAUCCAAGAACAAGGAGACCAAUUGAAAAUCAUAACGAAACAAAAUUAUACAAUCAACAAACUGCAAAUUCUCCAAUAAAUCAAUUUCAAGAGAAUAAUAAUAAUAUAAAUUAUACGAAUAGUGAUUUACAAAAUAAUAAUAAAACAGUUGAUGCAUUAGCUAAUUUUAAUUGGAGUCAAUUUGAUCCAAUUCAACCUGCUGCAUGGAUAAUGGCUGGUAAAGCAUUCGAGAAGACAUUCGGUUUUGUUCCUUCAAAUGAACAAAUAGGUAGUUGUGCAUUCAUGUGGGUUUAUUAUACGAAUAUGCAGAAUAUGCAAUUAUCACAACAACAACAACCACAACCACAACCACAACAAUUAGAGCAAUCAGAGUCAAGAUCAAGAUCGAGAACGCCAGAAGAGGAUUAAAAUUAGUUAUAUAAAUACAUUACGACGUGCUUCUCUUCUACAAUAUUUCCUCUAGUUU